AUGAAGCGAAAGGCAAAGAAGGAGCAACAGCUGCAGAAUGGCAGUGCAGUGAAAAGUACCACCGCAGCCGAGCGAAAGGGAAAUGCAACUGUGGUGAUAAACCCCAAAGAAGAUAACGACAUUGCGGAGAUCUUCGGAAUUAUCCGCAAGGGGAAAAAGCAGGAAGGCGACAACAACAACAAGAAGCAUAAUAGUAAGAUGGACUCUAAACAAAACACAACGACUAAUACUCCUGUUGAGCCCCGUAGUGACGGUCUCUAUCGCGCCCCGGAGAAAACACUCGAGUUGAGUGAUGCGGCCUUCUUUGAUGUUCCCUCGCAGCGGCGGAGGGGCCGCGGGGGAAAAUCCUCCGCAACCGCAGAAAUCUCGGGAGAUGUUCUGCAGCGCGAGGGCGUACAUCGUAUUAUCACGAUGGAGGAACUGCAGAAGAUUACUUCCUCUAAUCCAAAGGCAGGCACAACACCUAAUUGUCCUUUUGAUUGUGAUUGUUGUUUUUAA